GAUGGACGAAGUUACUCGACAAGAUGAUGUACGAGUGGCACUCCACAUCAGCGAUGAGCCUGCCAUUCUCGACGUAACAGAAAGUGGAGAAAUACCAGAACCGCCAAAGACUGCAGCAGCACGUUUAGAGGAAAAUGUCACCCAGAUUGACUUCAGCAAAGUUCUAUCCACCACUACAGGAUGGACAAAGGAGAAAUCAUUGACUGGAAGAGGGCAGGGUGAAGAAGAGGACACCUCAGAAGCGGUUGUUGCCACUACCACACCCGGUCGCUUAGAGGCCAUCAAAGAAAAUAUUUACCUUGCGUGGGCCGAAGUUCAGUUCUCGCUGGAUUUGGUGGAAAGGCUGCUGGCAAAUGAAAAACGGACUUCACAGGAUGCGGACAAUUCCUAUUUGCGCCUCCUGCCGGCUCCACGUAAACCUGCUCCACCCCCACGACAGCAGAUCGAUGACCUCCAACUGAUUCUUUCAGCAAAAUUUCAGCAUCUCAAGCUGGUCGCCAAAAACUUGCGGGAUGCCGGUGAACGCUUGCAGACAUCAUUGGAUCGGGAUCAAAGUUUUUAUGGUACUUUCACCACCAAUCUGCGAUCGAAAGAUUGGGUUCUACAAGCCAGAAGCGGCUCGGAACGUGGCCUAUAUGUCGAUUAUGGCUUUGGACAAGCCGGAUCGGAUUACUAUCAAGUUGGUCAUGCAGAAAUAUGGCGUAACCUUACGGCACCAGAGAAGAGAAAAAGAGAGGAUAAUGUGGAGGAGGAGGUCGAUCUAAUUUUACCACGCGUGAACGCCAAGCGCAUGAGAAUCACUACUGUGUCGGGCCUGACCCGCAUGAGCGACGAGAAAUUUCAGCGAAGACAGGAUUCUGACUUCUGGUCACAUUGGGCGAACGAGAAUGAUCGGAAGGAAAGUGGGCUUUAUCGACAGCUUUCCAGGGCUCAAAGCGCCAUCUUCGACGCAGAAAUUUUUGACCACGUUUCAAGAGAGGCGGCCCGUGAAAGUGCAGCAGAGGUUACACGGAUUUUGCCAAACGCAGUUGCUGCAUCAGUUGGGGCGACGAGUACCAAGCUGGUAGUGAGCUUAGUCGAUGGUGAUGAAACUGUGCCAAACCCAUGUACUUCAGAUGAUGCGCAGCAGCCAUCUCAGGUCACUUCUAUUUCCCAACCCGAUGGUGCUCUGUUGGAGCUUGUGGCACAACAAGCACUGAGACGGCAACAUCGAACAAAUAUUCGAAGACAGCGGGAAGCAGCAGGCUGUUAUACUGGGGUCGGAAGGGUUCAAAAGAACGAGCAGAUGUCCGUCCUCGCACGAUUAGCGAGAACUACAGAAAUUCAGAACAUUCGCAGCCAAAUAUCAUUUGCGAUGCAGAAAACUAUUGGAUACGUCAGUGAGCGAUGCAACAUUUCAGUACGCCGCGAACGCGUUACGUCUGGAGACAUAGAUACUAAGUGGACCCUGCAAAUCUUCGGCCGGUGGCAAGUACUUUUAUUUCUACGCGUCUCUGGUGAUAUAGUGGCGCAGACAUCCAUACUCGACAUGGCUUCUUCAUCGCUACACGUUUCGGAAGUCGAAGAUUACCUUCGACAAGAAGUCUGGAGGGCGUGUGUGCACAUGGUUGUUCAGGAAGCCAAUGCUUUAGGAGUCUCUAUUGGUAUACCCGGCGGAGUGAAAAAAUGGCAUGUGGAUGACUUGUCAGUCAAGGGCCUAAUAAGAACCAGAAACAUACCAUUGCGGUGCGUUGUGGACCUCUAUGGCACCGACUUGCCUUCAUCGUACCUACAGAUCCGCAUAUCAAGUGUCGAAGAUGCCUACAAGAUUCCGCUACGAUCACCAGAUGGGCUAGCUCAGAAGUCAGAUGUUAAGGAUCUUGUGCGACAGAUUUUAGUGCGACACAUGCAAUAGACCGGGAUUUACGUCCAGUGCAAAUCCCUCCGGUGAACAUUUCAACUGUUCAGAGCAAUGGCACUAUCCUGCGUUCACAUUACGUCCCUGCGUCGCUCGUGCUUUCGCCCUUAUCGCUGUCAUUUCCUUCCUGCGCUAUCCUAACACCACCUUCCCCCUCCGCGCUCUCAUAAUAUGGAUUCCUGCUGUUUAGAAUAGAUGUUAACUGCCUGUAAGCUGGGUCAUCGACAUCGAAAGCAUUGUCCUACAGAUCUCACCGAUGAGUUGCGAAUGGCUUUAUAAGAAUGAUGUCUAACUUACUUGCAACGUGAGUCGGAAAAGUCCGAUAGGUGCGUCCGGUGUAUUUUCCGUCGUUAUUUCCUGAUCCGUCACAGCGUCAAGGAAGGCUUUAAGUCCCUCUUCGCGUAUAUUGUUCCGGAAAAGAUUCAAAUUGUUUAGGGUACGGUUUCCGAGCACAAACCAUUGACCGUUGUGUUCAAACAUAGGUUCGACUGUUGGGUUCGAGUCUGGCGCCUGAUUUGGUUGAUUAGGUGACAUUACAAGAUACUGGUCCAUAUGGAUGGAUCUACCUCUUCGACUUCUUCCUUGGUUUCCUCUGCUUUGGAUUUCUUGCCAGAUUUGGCUGCGACGGCGCCCUUUUUCUCUUUCCCUUUGCUUGCUGCACCCUUUUCUUCGACUACAACAGCACCAGCUGUCGCAGCUUUCUUGGGGCCCGGAGGCUGGGCUGCCACCCCCACCUCGGUGGUUGAUUUUUGCUUGCCGAUGUUCGGCUGGGUAGCAGUGCCUUUACUUCCACCCGCGGAGCCUCCUUCCUCCUUCUUACCACCUUUGAUCGGGCGUUUAGCUUUGAGAUCCGCAAUGGACUCUUUUUUAAUUCCUCCUGCUAUGAUGCUCUCUUCGCUUUUGACUCUACAUAUAUGGUGGAUCCAUGCAUUAGGGUGGUUGGUUAACUAAGAAAAUAAACGAUGUGCGUUCUAACUUUGCGG